GCAGCCACAGAUAGGGAAAAAAAAUUUCUCAUUCAUCGGGGAAAAAAAAAUAGAGAGGAAAAGCUGGAGAAGCCGAAUAACAAGGGAUUCUUCAUCAAAAUCUUUCUUAUGGAUCUGUUUAUCCUCUGAUUCUCUCUCUACGAUCUUUGUCUCUCUACGACCUUUGUGUUCCUGGAUCUGGAUUUUUCUGUGUUUCUUCGGUUGAGUUUUUGCCUCUGUCAAGCCUGAGGUCUUACAAAGGAGGAACCCUUCUUUUGUAGCGGAAGAUGGCCUCGGUGGGCGUAGCUCCUGCUUCCGGGGUUGAUAAGUUGCCCGAGGAGAUGAACGACAUGAAAAUCCGAGACGAUAAAGAAAUGGAAGCCACAGUUGUUGAUGGCAAUGGAACGGAGACUGGUCACAUAAUAGUGACGACUAUUGGUGGAAAGAAUGGCCAACCGAAGCAGACUAUCAGCUACAUGGCUGAACGGGUUGUUGGACACGGAUCUUUCGGCGUUGUUUUCCAAGCAAAAUGCUUAGAGACAGGAGAAACCGUCGCAAUUAAGAAAGUACUGCAAGAUCGCAGGUACAAGAACCGUGAACUGCAAACCAUGAGGCUGCUCGACCAUCCUAAUGUUGUGUCUCUGAAACACUGUUUCUUCUCCACAACCGAAAAGGACGAGCUUUACCUCAACCUUGUCCUUGAAUACGUUCCUGAGACCGUUCACCGUGUUAUCAAACACUACAACAAACUUAGCCAAAGGAUGCCUCUGGUAUACGUCAAACUCUACACAUAUCAGAUUUUUAGAGCCUUAUCAUACAUUCACCGUAGCAUUGGAGUGUGCCAUCGCGACAUUAAACCUCAGAACUUGUUGGUAAACCCUCACACUCACCAAGUGAAACUAUGUGACUUUGGAAGUGCGAAAGUAUUGGUAAAAGGAGAACCGAACAUAUCAUACAUUUGCUCGAGAUAUUACAGAGCACCAGAACUUAUAUUUGGAGCAACUGAGUACACUACAGCUAUCGAUAUCUGGUCAGCAGGAUGUGUUCUUGCUGAGCUCCUCCUCGGACAGCCCCUAUUCCCAGGUGAAAGCGGCGUUGAUCAGCUUGUGGAGAUUAUAAAGGUAUUGGGAACGCCGACGAGGGAGGAAAUCAAGUGCAUGAACCCUAAUUACACGGAGUUCAAAUUUCCACAGAUCAAAGCUCAUCCAUGGCACAAGAUAUUCCACAAGCGGAUGCCUCCUGAAGCUGUGGAUUUAGUCUCGCGUCUUCUUCAGUACUCUCCCAAUCUACGUUGCACCGCUCUUGAUACAUUGGUCCAUCCGUUCUUUGACGAGCUGAGAGAUCCGAACGCUCGUUUGCCCAACGGACGUUUCCUCCCUCCGCUCUUCAACUUCAAGCCUCACGAGCUGAAAGGAGUGCCGGCGGAGAUGGUGGCGAAGUUAGUCCCUGAUCACGCCAGAAAGCAGUGCCCCUGGCUGGGCUUGUGAGAUUUCCCACAUCCUCAAACCCUAAAAAAACGUUUGUAACAAAAGGAACAGAGAUCUAUGCCCUCUUAUGUAUGAUGUGAUAAUGUACGUGCGCCCUUUUCUCCUGUUGUUGUACGAGUAGAAGAAGAAUUAAUUCAGUGUUGUAAAAGCGGGGAAACAGAUUAUUAUAUGACUUGUUUACUGUCCAAUCCAAUAAAAGAUUCAUGAACGUA